AUGGCCGACGACCGGCGUAACAGCUCCGAGAAACCACCCUCGGCGCGGGAUGGUCAGAACUCGAGCACAAGUCCAACUCAAACACCGACCCAAUUGCAGAACCAGACGCAAGACGCCCGACCGCCGCCCAAGAAGCGCAGACGUGUGGUGAUUUCUUGCACGGAAUGUCACCGACGAAAGCAAAAGUGCGACCGAGACCUCCCAUGCGCCAACUGCAAGUCGCGCAACAAACAGGAUGCUUGCAAGUACGAAACGGGCGCACCCACGGCGAAAGACAACCGUAAGCCGGACGGCGAGGGCGCAAGAUCGACACACGUCCAGAGCCUCUCCAAUGCCGCCGCGAACUGGGGCUACUCGCAAGCUGGAGCUUCCACGCUCGGUCUGAUGAGGAAAAUCGAAAGCGCCAACGGUGACGGCCAAUUGUCGCAUCUCGGCGGCGCAGCCCACGUCGAAGACCAGUUCGCGACAAAGGAGCGAUACAAGUCUUUGAUCAGGCAGUUGCCGGCAAAGGGGUAUAUUGAAAAGCUCAUCGACGUAUACUUUACCGAGUUCAACCACCAGUACUUUGCUCUCGAGGAGGAUCUCUUCAAGGAACAGUUUGCCGAGUGGUCCAACAUUCCCUUUAGCGUGCUUUCCAACUCUGGACCACAGGGUCUCUCGCCCGAUCUGCGAGUCUUUCCUGCGCUGCUCUUCCAGGUAUUGGCGACGGCCUUGUUGACUCUGCCGGAAGGGUCGCAAGACUUUUACGACCAUCUCAAGUAUGCCGGGAACAUGACUUUCGAGGACCUUGCCGCGGACUACAGCGAAUCUGGCGUUGGCAUUUUGUCACUGCUUGGUAAGCGGCAAAUCACGCUCACAACAGUCCAGGCCGACUUUCUUCGAGCUGCGUUUCUCAAGUACAUGGCAAAGGUCACGGAAUCGUGGCAUGCCAUUGGUAGCGCUAUUCGAGAUGCUCAAGAGAUUGGCAUGCACCGGGAUAGCCUGGAUCCUUCCCCGGCCAGCGAUGACACUGGAGAUAUGCUCGAGAACAUGUGGCUGAUUCAGCGGAGGAGAAAGCUUUACAUGGUCCUCAUGACAUGGGACAUCCACUGUGCGCUUGUGCUAGGACGUCCUGGCAGCAUCGACUGGCGUAUACUCCCGCCAAGUCUGCCAAUAGACGCGCCUCCGCCAAAAGACCGCCGCAAGACGCCCAUUGCGCCAAGGGAUGACGAAAGAGAUCCUCCAACCCCGUUGACUAAAAGCAUAUGGGCUUUCAAGCUCGUCGGUCCAAUGCGCGAGAUUCUGGAGCUCGAACAUGACGGUCCGUGUCCGAAAGACUACUCCAAGGUCGACCGGGUGCACCAAAUAUGUAUGGAACUCGACGAGGCAACGCCCGCAUACUUCCGCCUGGAGAAUCCGGACACGAAAUGGGACGGUAACCCUUCGUGCUCCUGGCUGCAGUCAGUGCGGUUUUACCUGCCGCAGAUGAAUCUGUUCAAUCUGAUGGCGCUGCACCGACCCUACAUCUUUAACAGGCAGAAGAGUCGGACAGAGGCGCUCAAGGCCAGCAUUGAAAUGUUGCAUCGACAGAUGCUCACAUUUCAAGGCCUCGACGCUGGUUCAUGGCGAAAUUUCUCGCUGUUCUUUGGCAGCUUUGACGCAGUCGUGCUCAUGGCGUCGAUUUAUAUCCUAUUCCCCAAGGAGAACCUGGAUAUGGCAGGCAGCGCCAUGCAACACUUCCACUGGACAACGGAGAGGUUUGAAGCGAUGCAAGAGAGAAAUCCUCUUGCGAAGGCGGCAAAGGGUGUUCUCCAGGCGAUAUUUAAUAAGUUUAAGAAAGCAGUAGGAAACCCGGCGCCACCAGCGAGCCUGUCGAGCCUGGCGUCCCAGACAACCCCGGCGUCAACGGCGGACAACAGCAGUCUAUCCGGCCGCGGAUCGGUGUCAACGACCACAGCGGCCACGGCAGAUACGCCAGUGAGCAAGAGUAGCACGGUGGCGACGCCGACAUCAUUGCCCAUGGCAUCAGACACGGCAUCGACGUACCCUCUGCCAACAUCUACCUCGGACUGGAACAUACCCAAUAGCUGGGAUUUUACGUCGAUUGCGCCGCUGUUCCCGAUGGGAGACCUCAUUUACCACGAUCUUAACGGCAUACCGGAUGACGGAUCUCUGCCCGCAUGGGGAGCCGCGACACCGCCACCGCCAGUGGCCGGAACAACAUCAUUUGAAGGAGAUUUUGGGAAUGACAGUGUGUGGAACUUGCUAAACCAGUACGACCCGUCAUCUGUUUGA